AUGACGAAGUCCAGUUUAAGGCAGUUGGUGAAGGAAGAACACCAAUUGCAGUCAGCGUUGGAGAAUGUGCAAGAGUUUGUGGAUAAUUACAACGAAGUUCGCGAUCAAGAUAUGGUUGAAUUACGUUUGGUGAAGUUAGAUGACAUUUUUGACCGAUUCUGUGUAGUUAGAGUGAAGAUUGAUGUGCUUCUAGACGAAACCGGUGAAGAUUACGAAAGUGCUGGUGAUGAAGAAGGUGCUGGUAGCGUGAAGUCCGUUCCUCCCCGCACAGACAGUGCCCGUACCUACAAGGAUUUCGAGAAUUCGUACUUUCGACUGAAAUCAGCACUGCUUGCAAAACGACCCAGAACCCAACUAGGAGUUGUGGAGCGUCAACCUGCGGUCGUAGGUGUUCAGCAAUCACGAUUGAAGUACCCGGAGCUGAAGUUACCGUCGUUUUCCGGAAAGCUGCAGGAUUGGAUCAAUUUUCGUGACAAUUUCCGAUCGUUGAUUCACGACAACACUGAGCUGAGUCCCAUCGACAAGUUUAACUACUUGCGAGCUUCGUUGAGAGAUGAUGCGCUACUGCAGAUCAACCAAGUUCAAGUGAGCGGUGCAUCGUACCCUAUUGCCUGGGGAAUCCUCGAAGCGAAGUAUGAGAAUCAUAAGCUGAUUGCUCAUGAGCACCUAAAAGCGCUGUUUGCAGUUCCGUCAAUGAAAUCGGAGUCUUUCGAAGCACUGAACGUUGUACUAACGACGUUCAAGGUCAAUCUACAGCAGUUGGAGAAACUUGGCGAGAACACCAACAAUUGGAGCACUCUUCUGGCGUUCAUGCUAUCGCAGAAGCUAGAUACCGCUACGCUCCGCCAAUGGGAGACUCAUCAUGGGUCCAAGGACAUCCCGCGAUAUGACGCCAUGCUAGACUUCCUGGAUAAGCAUUGCGCGAUUCUGCAGUCUACUUUGACACGGAGUGGAUUCGAACAGAAGCGUCCGUUCAAGAGCUCAGCUGUUCACACUCUAGUGCCAUCCGCUACCAGCAGUUGUCAAAUCUGUAAUGGUGGACAGCAUAGCGUUGAGCAGUGUCGUCGCUUCAGCAAAAUGCGGGUGGUGGACAGAAAACUGGCGAUUCGAAGACUUGGACUCUGUUUGAAUUGCCUAUCGUCCGGACACUUCGUGGCAGAUUGUUCCAGACGUACGUGUUCCAAGUGUGGUCAACGUCAUCAUUACCUGUUGCAUCCGUAUUCUCCACCCACUUCUACCCCUCAGAAUCCGACUCCGAAUACCCUGAACAGGCCUCAAGCCGCGAACGCGAACACAAAUGCUCAAACACAGUCUCGUCCUCAGUCUCAAGGACAUCAAUCGCAAUCGAAUUCUCAAGGCCAAUCCCGGAUGAAUAACACUCAAACAAAUCCACAAACACCUCCCGUCCAAAACACUUCUCCGCCACAUACACGACAGUCACCUCCCACAAAUACACCGACUACUUCUCACCACACUGCUACUUCACACAACACUCGAAGUCAGCGAACUACUACACUUCUGUCAACCGCGCUCGUGAAGCUCGCCGAUCGAUUCGGAAACACAGUCAUUGCUCGUGCGUUGCUGGAUAACGGUUCGCAGAUAUGUAUGAUCACGGAGAACCUGUCUCAGCGGUUGAACUUCAAGCGGUUCCAUGAAAAUCUACCGGUGAAUGGUGUUGGUGGUGCUUCAUCGGUAUCCAAACAGUCAGUGUUGGCGAGAAUCCUGUCACGUUGCUCGUCGUUCGAAACUGAGGAAGUGAAAUUCUACGUGCUGCCUCGGAUAACGUUGAAUCUGCCGCAGCAAAGCUUCGACAUCAGUACUUGGAAGCUGCCGUCCGACAUCUGUUUCGCUGAUCCAGGCUUCCAUGAGUCCAGUGCCGUAGAUGCAAUCCUUGGCGUGUCUGUUUUCUACGAUUUGCUGAUGGGAGAGCAGAAAAGGCUCUCGGAGUCUGGUCCGAUAUUGUGCAACACAAAACUCGGAUGGAUAGUGGCCGGAGAGAUUCCAGAAACUCCUGUCACAACCCUCAGUGCAGUCACCGCUUCAGUUUCCACGGAAGAGAUCCACGAGCAGCUAGCCCGCUUUUGGGAACUGGAAUCCUGUAGAACGAAAAGCUGUCUUUCCAUCGAGGAGUCUACGUGUGAGUCGAUCUUCGAGCAGACUACGACGAGAGAUCCUGAUGGCAAGUUUAGGGUAGUGUUACCGAAGAAGGAGUAUGCGCUGAAGCAGUUGGGCGAGUCCAAGGCGAUUGUUACCAAGCGGUUCAUGGGACUAGAACGUCGCUUAAACGCGAACCCGGAAAUGAAGGCUCUGUACAUAGAAUUCAUCCACGAGUAUCUGCUAAUGGGUCACAUGCGAGAAGUUCGUGACGACGAGGAAGAGCCGAAACACAGUUACUACUUGCCGCAUCAUGCAGUCCUGAAACCUGACAGUACCACGACGAAGCUCAGAGUAGUAUUCGAUGCGUCGUGUGCUACAGACACCGGAGUUUCCCUGAACGAUACUCUGAUGGUGGGACCGGUCGUUCAGAGCGACCUACUCUCCAUUCUGAUUCGCUUCCGACUUCAACAGUACGCGAUCGUCGCUGAUGUAGAGAAGAUGUAUCGCAUGAUCAACGUAGUCGAAGAGGAUCAACCGCUGCAGAGGAUUCUUUGGCGAGAGUCCGAAGAUGAGCUACUCCGAACGUAUCAGCUGACGACCGUGACCUACGGUACUUCUGCCGCACCGUAUCUAGCAACACGGAGCUUGAAGAGAUGCGCAGAGGAGGGAGAGCUGACGAAUCCCCCCGCAGCCAAAGUCAUCAAGAAGGAUUUCUACGUCGACGACAUGCUAACUGGAGCGAAGUCUGUGAAGGAAGGAAUACGGCUGUGCAAGGAUGUCCUGUCGCUGCUUGGUUCUUCUGGUUUCAACCUCCGAAAGUGGCAUUCCAACCAGCCUGCGAUCCUGAAGAGCAUUCCACGUCACCUGCGUGACGAACGAGAGCUGUUGGAUAUUGACGCGACAGCUACAGUGAAGACCCUCGGCUUAACAUGGGAACCGGCGACAGACUUGUACUGGUUCAAAACACCACGCUGGAGCCCGAAGCUUCCAGUGACACAGCGUAUCGUACUGUCUGAUUCCGCACGUUUAUUCGAUCCGUAUGGUCUUGUAGGGCCAGUGAUCGUGCAGGCGAAGAUGUUUCUCCAAGAACUUUGGAAACGGAAGUAUUCUUGGGACGAACCGUUGAGCGCAGAUCUGCAAUCACAGUGGCUCGAGUUCAGAACGAACUUGGAUCGAAUCGAUGCAGUUUCCGUACCCCGCUGGAUCGCAUUCAGCGAUAAUGUGAUAUCAUGCGAACUACACGGAUUCUGUGACGCCUCAGAAAAGGCGUACGGAGCAGCAAUAUACCUACGUUGCGUUGCACAGGACGGAACAGUUACAGUUCGGCUGGUGAUGGCUAAGUCCAAGGUAGCUCCGUUGGAAGAUUUGAGCAAGAAGAAGAAGAGGCAGUCGAUACCCCGAUUGGAAUUGUCUUCAGCACUCCUAUUGGCGCACUUGUACGAGACAGUAGCAGAGAGUAUCCAGAUCCCAGCGAAGACAUUCUUCUGGACUGACUCGACUAUCGUGAAGUGUUGGCUUUCGUCCCAUCCGUCCAGAUGGCAAGCGUUCGUCUCCAACAGAGUGUCAGAGAUUCAGCAUAUCACUCGAGAAGGCGUUUGGAACCACGUGCCUGGCGUCGAGAACCCGGCAGACGUAAUAUCUCGAGGUGUAACACCGCUGCAGCUUGCCGAAUGCUCAAUCUGGUGGAAUGGACCGACGUGGCUCCAAGAAGACCCGAGUGCUUGGCCGAAGAUGAAACAACAGUAUGAUUCAGUAACGUUGGAGGAAAAACCGCUAGUGACAGCAGCGUUGCAGAUGCUACCACCCAGUGAGAUCUUCGUCCGCUAUUCGUCUUUGCUGAAGCUAGUUCGAUCAACCGCCUGGAUGCUUCGUUUUGCCAACAACUGCAGAACUGGAAAUCGAGCCUGCAGACGAAGUGGAGUCCUGAACGCGAAAGAACACGAAGAAGCUCUGAUCGCAUUAGUGAAGCUGGCGCAGUCGGAGUGUUUCCCAGUGGAAUUGGCAGAUCUAGCAGCGAAGGGGCAAGUGAAACCCAGUUCGAGAUUGCAUACGAAGGAUCCGUGUCUGCGAGAUAGGUUAAUACGUGUUGGCGGAAGACUUCGCCAUGCUCCAGUGUCGUUCAGCAGAAAGCAUCCGAUUGUGCUGGACAGCAAUCACCCGUUGACGAAACUGAUAAUGGUUGACUACCAUCACAGACUGCUCCACGGAGGAGCGCAGCUGAUGUUAUCCUGUAUGAAGGAGAGGUUCUGGCCGCUAUCCGGAAGAAACCUAGCUCGGAAGGUAGUGCACGAGUGUGUAACCUGCUUCAGAGCUCGUCCACGAGCCCACGAACAGUUGAUGGGAGACCUGCCGAUGGAACGAGUGACUCCUGCUCCUGUUUUUCUUCGCGUUGGAGUCGAUUACUGUGGUCCGUUCAACGUUCGUCAAGCGUCUCGAAAGGCAGCACCAGUCAAAUGCUACCUGUGCGUGUUCGUCUGCCUAGUAGUGAAGGCGGUUCACAUAGAGGUGGUAGCAGAUCUCACUACGGAAGCGUUCAUGGCGGCAUUGAGACGAUUCGUGUCGCGACGUGGGAAGCCAGAAGUGAUCUUCUGCGACAAUGCUACGAACUUCGUAGGAGCGCGUCGAGAAAUCAGUGAAUUGCAUCGUCUAUUCCGAGCCGAACAGUUCCAGAACGCAGUUGUGACGGAAGCAGCCAGCAACUCGAUCGAGUUCAAGUUCAUUCCUGCCAAAUCGCCGAACUUCGGUGGAUUAUGGGAAGCGGCCGUGAAGUCCCUGAAAGGCCACAUGCGCAGAGUGAUAGGGAACACCGUACUCCGUCCGGACGAAAUGUUAACUGUUGUGACGCAGAUCGAAUCGUGCCUGAAUUCGAGACCGAUCACUCCGAUUAGCAACGAUCAUCGAGAUCUAGAAGCUUUGACUCCCGGACACUUUCUGGUGCAGCGUCCGCUAACAGCGAUUCCGGAACCGAGUCUGGAGGACAUCCCAGAGAACCGACUGAGCAGAUGGCGCUUGGUUCAGCGUUACAGUCAGAUGCUGUGGAAGCGAUGGUCUACGAACUACUUGUCUGAUCUCCACAACCGUAACAAGUGGACGCGAAGAAGGGACAACCUGCAUAUCGGAACAAUGGUGUUAUUGAAGGAGGAUAAACUACCGCUGCUGCAGUGGCAGCUUGGACGCGUGACGGAGAUUCACCCAGGAGCAGAUGGUAUCAUCAGGGUGGUUACCGUUCGCACGCAGCAAGGAAUAUUUCGUCGAGGAAUCCAGAAGAUAUGUAUUCUUCCGAUUCAGGACAACCAACCGCAGGUCGAGGAAGCACAUUAG